AUGAAUUCAUUCUUGUUGUCAUCCUCUGAACGUUCCAUGGUUUCAUCAUGGGCGCAGUCUCCAAAAGUUGAUCUACAAUGUAAUGCUGAGGUGUUGGCCACAGAGAAUGCCUGUGAUCCUUAUACUGUCCGUAGUAAAUUAUGCUGGGCUGACAUUGGAACAUAUGGAUCAGCAGUCGAGGUUUCUUGGAUGUCAGUAGGGAAGAAACAGAUGGAAUAUGCUGCUGGAGCACUACGGAGAUUCAGAUCUCUUGUUGAGCAGCUGGCUAGAGUGAACCCUACUUACUUGAGCAGUGAUGAGAAGCUGGCUUUCUGGAUCAACUUAUAUAAUGCACUGAUUAUGCAUGCUUAUUUGGCAUAUGGAGUCCCUAGAAGUGACUUGAAGCUCUUCUCUUUGAUGCAAAAGGCAGCAUACACUGUUGGGGGCCAUUCCUUCAAUGCUGCUGCUAUUGAAUAUGUAAUACUGAAGAUGAAGCCUCCAGUCCAUAGGCCUCAAACUGCAUUAGUACUUACACUUCACAAGCUCAAGGUAUCAGAGGACCAGCGGAAGUUCUCGAUCGAUACCUUCGAACCACUUGUAGUAUUUGCUUUGAGCUGUGGAAUGUACUCAUCUCCUGCGGUAAAAAUCUACACAGCCAAGAAUGUGAGAGAAGAACUUCUAGAAGCUCAGUGUGACUUCAUUCGAGCUUCUGUUGGGGUGAGCCGCAAGGGGAGGCUCCUGGUGCCAAAAAUGCUCCACUGCUUUGCCAGAGACUUUGUUGAUGAUUCUAACUUAACUGUGUGGAUCUCUCGUUACCUUCCACCCCAACAGGCAGCCUUUGUUGAACAAUGCAUUUCUAGGAGACGGCAGAGAUUCCUUGGCUCUCGCAAUUGUGGCGUCAUCCCCUUCGAUUCCCGCUUCCGCUACCUUUUUCUACGUGAUGAAAUCUCGCCAUGAAUUUUCUCACAUAGUCACAUCCCAAGUGUGUUUCAGAUGUGUUUCAUGGUUCAUGACAUUCAAGAUUGAGUUGCAUUUCCUUUCUCUAUCAUGUCUUGUCGGAAAAUGAAAAAGUUGUUCCAUUGCGAUCCACUGGUUGCCGGUUCAAGAUAAGAAACAGCCUCUCUACUAAGUGGGGGCAAGGCUGCUCUUACAUUAUGAGUGGUGGGAGGGUCGUGCACUAAGUACUCCCUUAAUCAUCAUGUCCAGUCAAAAUGAUGACGCAAGUAGUUCUGAGCCGGAGUUCUGUGGCAGUCUGGGGAUAGGUUCUCCAUCAGUGGCAUGUGCUGCGUAGGUCUUUGACUUGAUGACCUCUAAUAUCAGCUGCACUCAACCUACUUACUAUCAAUGAAGCAUGGAGCUGCAAUUUCUUGAAGCGAUUCAUGUAUUUUACCAAAAACUUUACAAAUAAAGUACUCAGAUGAUGAUGUAGGUACAGUAGUGCCGCUUGGUGGUGACUUGACCUUAACGGGGCCUGAUUAUGGCGUAGGUGACUGGUGGAUGCUAGAGGCCGAGGAGCAUGAUCAAGAUUGUGCCUAUGAUUACUAUGCUUAUGCAGCACCAUGAGAUGUACAACUUACUUUUUGUUAUUCUGAUACAAAAUUAUUGAUGGUAUACUUUGGACUUUAUUUAUAAGUCAGGGAUAAUUGUAAUAGAAUAACUUGGUUACUUAUAUGAUAUCGCUAGAUGUUUCUCCA